CUCAAAACGGCUAGAGUUGGUAAGAAAAUCAUUACAAUUCAUUUUCAUUUCGUUCCUCCGUAAGUGUACAACAAAUGAUGUUCUAUGGAGCUUGCGUUUUUCUUCUUUACUUCUUCAAAUACAAUUUCGCUGUGUCUUUAGCAAAUGAACCAAUGUGUUCAAAAUUUUCCUGUGAAGAACAGCUUUUAGAAAAAAUGAUAAGGCAGGAGAUUAAAGUAGAAAUUAUGCAGAAUAAUAUUGAGAAAACUCAAGAAGCGGUUGCGGAUAUUUUGGAGGAGGAAAUAAAGAAGACUAGUGCAAAGGUGUCUCAAACACUUGAAUCGGCGAUGGAAAGAAUCACCCGAGAGAAAGAAAAGAAUGAAGAAAUUUUGAAAAAAACAUUUGAAGAACAACGGAAUAAUUUCACAAGUGAUAUGGAGGAAGGAAGGAGGAUGUUAAAAGAACUUGCAGAAAACAUGAAAAAGCCUUCCGUUGCAUUCUUUGCCACAAUUG